UUCACUACACUGGUUUUUAGAUGCAGUACAGAUAUGUGUGGUAUCACUGACUCUUGGUUCAGAGGAGCUGUCGUCUCAGCCAUGGAAAACAUACAACCGAGAAGCCUUCACUAUGUGACCAUAGUCUCUGUCCUCUUCACCUCAUCUUUAUCAGCUGAAGGUGUUCAGAUCAGAUUGGUUGGAUCUGGUUCUACUCGCUGUUCUGGAAGAGUUGAAGUUUAUCACAACGGUGUUUGGGGAACAGUCUGUGAUGACGACUGGGACUUCAAUGAUACUCAGGUGGUUUGCAGACAGUUGGGCUGUGACACAAGAGACAUUGUCCCUUUAACACCAAGGUUUGGUGAAGGUAUUGGUCAAAUCUGGCUGGACGAUGUGUCCUGUUUAGGAAAUGAGAGUUCAUUAACUGAUUGUCAGCACAAAGGAUUUGGGAAUCACAACUGUAGACAUACUGAGGAUGUUGGUGUGGCCUGCUCAGGCUCUGACAUUAGACUGGCAGGGUCUGGUUCUACUCAGUGUUCUGGAAGAGUUGAAGUGUCUCAAAACGGUGCCUGGGGAACAGUCUGUGAUGACGACUGGGACUUGAAUGAUGCUCAGGUGGUCUGCAGACAGCUGGGCUGUGGGUCGGCACCGAGUGCCCAUCCAUCAGCCCACUUUGGUCAAGGUUCUGGUCCAGUCUGGCUCACUGAUGUGCGCUGUUCAGGACAUGAGCAGUAUUUAGUUCAGUGUGAACAUGGAGGAUUAGGGAGACCUCACUGUGGACAUGAUAAGGAUGUUGGUGUGGUCUGUGAAGAUGUUCAGAUUAAACUGGUUGGGCCUGGUUCUACUCAGUGUUCUGGAAGAGUUGAGGUCUACUACAACGGUACCUGGGGAAGAGUUUGCAGUCAGCACUGGGACACUCGUCAUGCACAAGUGGUCUGUAGACAGAUGGGCUGUGAGACGGCUCAGGCAGUGUCUGUUGUAGGCCAGUUUGGUGACGGUACUGGUCUAGUCUGGCUGGAUGAUGUGCGCUGUUCAGGAAAGGAGAGUUCUUUAACUCAGUGUCUUCACCACAAAUUUGAUAGACGUGACUGUGGAUAUAGUAAAGAUGUCGGUGUGGUUUGUUCAGGUUAUCAAGUCAGACUGGCAGGGUCUGGUUCUACUCGGUGUUCUGGAAGAGUUGAAGUUUAUCAGAAUGUUGCCUGGGGAACAGUCUGUGAUGACAGAUGGGACCUGAAUGAUGCUCAGGUGGUCUGCAGACAGCUGGGCUGUGGGACAGCUCUGAGUGCCCCUGGUUCAGCCCACUUUGGUCAAGGUACUGGUCCAGUCUGGCUCGCUGAUGUGGCCUGUACAGGAGAGGAGGAGACUCUAUUUAAGUGUUCAAACUCAAAUUGGAAACACAAAUGUGCACAUAAUGAGGACGCUGGUGUGGUCUGUUCAGUGAGUCUGCAGGAACCCAGCAUUUCUGUCACGUCUCCUAAUGAAGGGCUCACGUGGGGUCCUGAAGGUGCAGAAGUCAUCAGAGGUUACAGCUUCGUCAUCACCUGCUCUAUUAAGGCCAACUCUUCUCAAGGCCGUUUCUCUCUGAUGCUCUCUGACUCCACCAUCAUCAACCCUGACCUUAAAGACAACAACUCGGCCUCCUUCAUCUUCCCUGUAGCUCUGUACGAACACCAGAACAACUACACCUGUGUGCAUAAAGUGACAACCAAGGACUCCAACUCCACAGAGACAGCAACCAUUAGUAUCAUCAUUAAAUUUCCAACAGCUUUUGUCAUCAGACAUGUGACCGUGCCGCUGAUUCUGGUGCUGGAGUUCUGUGGCCUUUAUUUCUACUUUAAGGUACUGGACUGGUCUGAGUGUGGACCUGCUCUAAUGAAGGUUCCUGUCAGAUACUGCUCCACUGAGUGGAAAUGGGGCUGCAGGAGAACAAAGAGAAAGGACUACACAGAGAGAAAGGAAGUGCCUGAAGAAGACAAGCUUUUUUUUUCCACUACACUGGAUUUUAGAUGCAGUACAGAUAUGUGUGGUAUCACUGACUCUUGGUUCAGAGGAGCUGUCGUCUCAGCCAUGGAAAACAUACAACCGAGAAGCCUUCACUAUGUGACCAUAGUCUCUGUCCUCUUCACCUCAUCUUCAUCAGCUGAAGGUGUUCAGAUCAGAUUGGUUGGAUCUGGUUCUACUCGCUGUUCUGGAAGAGUUGAAAUUUAUCACAACGGUUCCUGGGGAACAGUCUGUGAUGACAGCUGGGACUUAAAUAAUACUCAGGUGGUUUGCAGACAGUUGGGCUGUGGGACAAAAGACAUUGUUCCUUUAACACGGCGCUAUGGUGAAGGUAUUGGUCAAAUCUGGCUGGAUGGUGUGUCCUGUUUAGGAAAUGAGAGUUCAUUAACUGAUUGUCAGCACAAAGGAUUUGGAAAACACGACUGUGAACAUUCUGAGGAUGUUGGUGUGGCCUGUUUAGGCUCUGACAUUAGACUGGCAGGGUCUGGUUCUACUCAGUGUUCUGGAAGAGUUGAAGUCUAUCAAAACGGUGCCUGGGGAACAGUCUGUGAUGACGACUGGGACUUGAAUGAUGCUCAGGUGGUCUGCAGACAGCUGGGCUGUGGGUCGGCACUGAGUGCCCAUCCAUCAGCCCACUUUGGUCAAGGUUCUGGUCCAGUCUGGCUCACUGAUGUGCGCUGUUCAGGACAUGAGCAGUAUUUAGGUCAGUGCGAACAUGGAGGAUUAGGGAGACAUCACUGUGGACACGAUAAGGAUGUUGGUGUGGUCUGCGAAGAUGUUCAGAUUAAACUGGUUGGGCCUGGUUCUACUCAGUGUUCUGGAAGAGUUGAGGUCUACUACAACGGUACCUGGGGAAGAGUUUGCAGUCAGCAGUGGGACACUCGUCAUGCACAAGUGGUCUGUAGACAGAUGGGCUGUGAGACGGCUCAGGCAGUCUCUGUUGCAGGCCAGUUUGGUGAAGGUACUGGUCUAGUCUGGCUGGAUGAUGUGCUCUGUUCAGGAAAGGAGAGUUCUUUAACUCAGUGUCUUCAUCACAAAUCUGAUAGACGUGACUGUGGAUAUAGUAAAGAUGUCGGUGUAGUUUGUUCAGGUUAUCAAGUCAGACUGGCAGGGUCUGGUUCUACUCGGUGUUCUGGAAGAGUUGAAGUUUAUCUGAAUGGUGCCUGGGGAACAGUCUGUGAUGAUGACUGGGACCUGAAUGAUGCUCAGGUGGUCUGCAGACAGCUGGGCUGUGGGACAGCUCUGAGUGCCCCUGGUUCAGCCCACUUUGGUCAAGGCACUGGUUCUAUCUGGUUCAAUGAUGUGGCCUGUACAGGAGACGAGGAGACUCUAUUUAAAUGUUCAAACCGAAGACUUUGGAAACACAAAUGUGCACAUAAUGAGGAUGCUGGUGUGGUCUGUUCAGUGAGUCUGCAGGAACCCAGCAUUUCUGUCACGUCUCCUAAUGAAGGGCUCACGUGGGAUCCUGAAGGUGCAGAAGUCAUCAGAGGUUACAGCUUCGUUAUCACCUGCUCUAUUAAGGCCAACUCUUCUCAAGGCCGUUUCUCUCUGAUGCUCUCUGACUCCACCAUCAUCAACCCUGACCUUAAAGACAACAACUCGGCCUCCUUCAUCUUCCCUGUAGCUCUGUACGAACACCAGAACAACUACACCUGUGUGCAUAAAGUGACAACCAAGGACUCCAACUCCACAGAGACAGCAACCAUUAGUAUCAUCAUUAAAUUUCCAACAGCUUUUGUCAUCAGACAUGUGACCGUGCCGCUGAUUCUGGUGCUGGAGUUCUGUGGCCUUUAUUUCUACUUUAAGGCCAAAAAACGACAGAUGUCACUUCGGGUGUCUAGAGCCUGAGGAGGAGAAAUGAAUCCGGGGAGCAGAGUUGGACCUCCAGACCCCUGUCUUGGAAAAAACAAUCCAAGUCAGUCACCAGAAUAAAAUGUUGUAAAUUCCCUCAACCACAGAUAUUGUUAAUAUAAUUCAUCAGUGAAGGAUCUGGUCCUCAAGAGUGCAGGAGAUGUAGGCGGGGUGGAUGGUGAACACACAAAUAGACUUUGACUCUGCACUGACAUGAGACUGGGUUCAGGAGUUAAAGUUGAAUUAACAUAAUAUUGAGCAGACUUUAAUAAUGAAAAAUGGGUUUAUUUUAUUCAUGUUCAAUUACCACCUCAUUUUGUUGCUUUCUCAGGACAAUUCAGAAGUAAAUACGAAGUUAAUGAAACUUUGAUGAUUUGAAAGUUGUUGCAGUAAAAAUGUUACUAUUAGAGAGGAUUAAUGAAUGAUUCAUAAGUAGGUUUGAAUAAAUUGAUUUAAGGUUCACUGUUUGACAGGUUGAUGCUGCCAAAAUGUCUGAUCUUAUAUUUGCUUAGUUUACUUUAUCUUGUGUCUGUAUCAGUCACCAACUGAAACCAUUUUACUCAUGAGUUACUUUUAAAACCUACAAAUGGACAAAAGUGUAAAAUAUGUAAAACAUGUAAAAUACGUCACCUUCAAAUAAUGCUUCACAAAUUAACUAAAUGUUGACUUCAUUGCUGGUUUUAUUCUGUACACAGUUGACAGUGACAACAGUAAAGAAACUCAUCUGACUCACCUUAUUCUUUAUGGAAAGCUGUCAAACGUAUCUUUUCCACUUCUUGUUUAUUUUUGUACUUGGUCACCAGUUACUGCUGUUGAAUACAUGAUUGUACAGAUAUUAUUUGGGUACAUGGGCUGGCAGUUUUUGAAAUAUAUAGCUUUGUUUACAUCUUUGAUAUUUGUACUUCAAUAUGAUGUAAAUAAUACAAAGUA